CUCAUCAGCUGCCCCUCCCUCUUCCUCUCUGUCUCUGCUAGGUGCAGCAUGUAUGUGAGCGUGUGUGAGCCAGCAGAGCUGCCUGUGUGUUUACAUGUCAGCCUAUCAGUGCUGCCGGAUUUAGCGCAUCUGGAGAGGACGGAGGCAUUUUCUCAAAUGCCCCUCAGACAAGGGAUUCACAUCUCGGCAUAUAUCCCUCUUUCCCAUUUGAAUCUAGCCUGUCUUGAAUCCUGCAUCCCUGUCUCCAUGCUUUUGGAGGCAUUUUGAAUUUCCUUGGCAACAUGGAGCUGCCUGAAUUAGAAUUCUCUGCAUGACAGUCCUGGUAAGCAGUAGGAUGGUGUUUGGAGAGGCAGGAGGGCACAGCUACUUGGUGGCGUGCUGGCAGCCCAUCCUGUUCCUGAUGCUGGGCACCGUCCUUUCUGGCUCCACCACUGGUUGCCCUUCCAGAUGUGACUGCAACGCUCAGGAGCGUUCAGUCGUGUGCCAUCGGCGGAGACUAGCAAGUCUUCCUGAGGGCAUCCCCACUGAAACAAAGCUGUUAGACCUCAGCAAGAACCGCCUGAAGACCCUGGGGCCUGAGGAGUUCAUUAAUUAUCCUCAGCUGGAGGAACUGCAACUUAACGAAAACGCAAUUUCUUCUAUUGAGCCUGGGGCUUUUGGCAACCUCAUGAACCUUCGGACGCUCGGUUUGCGCAACAAUGAGCUAAAGCUUAUUCAGCUUGGGGUGUUCACAGGCCUGAACAACCUCACCCAGCUGGAUAUAAGUGAGAACAAAAUUGUCAUUCUGCUCGAUUAUAUGUUCCAGGAGUUGUACAACCUGAGGGCUUUGGAAGUUGGUGACAAUGACCUCGUUUUUAUCUCACCCCGAUCAUUUCACGGACUCAGCAACCUUGAAAGUCUCAAUAUUGAGGGAUACAAUCUGGCCUCAGUGCCCACUGAUGCCCUUAGCCAUUUGCAUAACCUGUUGUCACUUCGAUUACGCUAUCUCAACGUCACUGUCAUAAGGGAUUACUCCUUUAAGAGGCUAUAUCGACUAAGAGUACUGGAGAUAUCUCACAUGCCUUCUCUGGAUACCAUGACCCCAAAAUGCUUGUUCGGACUCAAUCUCACUUCACUAUCCAUCACAAAUUGUAAUCUUACUGUCAUCCCCUACCAAGCUAUCAGUCACCUGAGAUAUCUUCGUUUUCUCAAUCUGUCUUUCAAUCCCAUUCGCACUGUGGAAGGGAACCAGCUGUUCAAUCUACAGAAGCUCCAGGCUUUUCAUUUGGCUGGUGGAAAAUUAGUUGCCAUUGAGCCCUACUCCUUCAAAGGCCUCAACCACCUCCGUGUACUCAAUGUAUCCAGCAAUGCCUUGAGCACUCUGGAGGAGUCUGUUUUUCAUUCAGUUGGAAACCUGGAGACACUGGCAUUGUAUGACAACCCACUGGCCUGCGACUGUCGUUUGCUCUGGGUCUUCCGUCGGCGAUGGAGGCUAAACUUCAACAGGCAACAGCCAAUGUGUGCUUCACCAGAGGUUGUGCAAGGAAAAGAGUUUAAGGAUUUUCCAGACAUACUCCCUCCUGACUACUUCAACUGCAAAAAAUCAAAGAUCGAGGAUUACAAGGUUCAAGAAAGCCACGUAGACGAAGGAACUACAGUUAAUUUUGCUUGCCAGGCCGAGGGUGAUCCAGUUCCUGUGAUAAUGUGGCUGUCCCCGAAAAAGGAAUACAUCACUACCAAAACGAUGAGGUCAAGACUUUCUGUCUCUAAUGACGGUACUUUGGAGGUGCGUUACGCCCAAAUCCAGGACAAUGGCACUUACACGUGCAUUGCAAGCAAUGCGGCAGGCAACGACACCAAAGCUGCUCACCUUUUUGUGCAUAGCUACUCCCCGAAUUGGCCCCACCAACCAAACAAGACAUUUGCCUUCAUUUCCAACCAGCCUAGUGAUGAAGGUGCUAAUGUGACCCGGGCCACAGUUCCAUUUCCAUUUGAUGUAAAGACACUUAUUAUUGCAACCACCAUGGGAUUUAUCUCUUUCCUUGGAGUGGUCCUCUUCUGUCUUGUAAUAUUGUUCCUCUGGAGUAGAGGGAAAGACAAUACAAAGUCAAGUAUAGAGGCUGAAUAUGUGCCACGUAAAGAGGAAACAGAGGAGGCCAGCCCAACUGAGGCACCGGUGCAGUUCAACAUGAAAAUCAUGUGAACCUCAAAAGGACAUCAUGUAAGCUUACAAACUGCAGUCGAGAUGCAUACUAUACUUGCUUCAAAUAUGUACUCUCUUUAUGAGCGAUAGAAAUUGCACAGCAGAAACGCAUCUUGACUAUAUACCCUAGACUUUUUUCUUUUUUUUUUACUUCAGGGACUGAAUCUUUCAAAACAAAAAACGUGUUGAAUUUGAAAUAUUCUAAUUUCUGUAAAUUUGUAUUGGCAAUACGCAAUCAGUAUGUUAACAUGCACUCAUUAAUUUUGUGUGUCUAACAAAAUUGAGGCAAUAUUUUAAACAAAGCACAUGGACUACAGUUUACAAGAUAGAGGGAUUACUAUCUGGAAGGAUUGGGAGAUUAACCUGCAGGUCCUUCUAUCAGCAGAAAAAGGACUUGUUGUUAGCAUCUUGCUCCUGUUUGUUGAUUUCUGCUUUCAUGGAUAAACAAAGCACAGUAACCCAUUAUUAGAGCCCAGGUUCUCCUUCUUACAGGGCAAAGUUGAAAGCUGCUUCCUUUUGUCCCAUCACUAGCAGCUGACAAGUAAGACGUGGAUAUUUUUAAUUUUAGAGAUCCAGAAAAAACAGAAGAAAGUGAGAAUAGUCAACACUGCUAAAUUUGACAGAUAAAGAAGCAAGUCAUUUUUACACACAGUAAGUAUUAAAAAAAAUCAGAAGGUCAUAUCAGGACAAAGACGUUGUAGUUUUACCAGAAAGCACAUUUUUAUAUCCUGUUUCUGUGAAAUUUAAACAUCAUUAAGAAUCAGUUGGCAGGUUAGAGACAGAGGAAGUAAGCGUUCUUCACCACCUGCUGUGUGUCAGUGAGCUGUGGCCUUUUAACUAUUUUCCAAAAUCAUUAAUUUGUGUUUUGAAGUUUUCCCUGUGUUCUCUGCUAUGUUUUUCCUUUUAGAAGCCACGUCUAAACACUUCAAAUGCUAGGCUGCGUCGCAAUGAAUUGUCACAGACAAGUCAUUUUUGUGAACUGGCUCAUUUUUACUGUGUCAGAAAGUUUCAAUACCUGGUGUGUUUCCUUUACCAGGUGAUGGUCAAAUUAGAAGUGUGCAUGUUAACACACUGAAUAAGAAAAAUAAGCCACAGUUUGUGCUCCUUUCAGCCAAUAAAAGGAAGUUUGUCAUUAAAUGUAUUGACUUGUUGCGGUAUACAUAUUUUUUCCUGUAUUUUAUUCUUCCUUGUACAUUACGCUAUGGCACAAUAUGAAUGCUUUUGAUGGCUGGGUUUUGAACAUAUUAAAAUCUAAAGAGCAGAUUAAAUAACCAGUUUUUAAUUUAACUAAACUGAAAAAGAAGGGUAUUUGACGACUGUCUUCACAUUACUCUAGUAACAAUUUAUCAUCAAAUGUUAAAAAGUUUAUUGGUUUACAUAUUUGGCAGCUUAAGAGUCAUGAACAUUUGAUCCAAGUCCUGAGAUUUUAUUGUCACCUUAGAUAUGAAAAGCGGUGGCAUUAUUAAUUUGUUGCCUUAAGUACCCAUUUUCCAGCAUUCAGCUGAACAAUAUUCAGUAUUUUGGUAGAAAAUGGAGCUUUAUGCCUCAUAAGGAUUUUACAUUGUCUAAUUACGUUCACAGUUGACGUCUGCUCUGAAGAUAAUGUGUUCAUUAACUCUUAAUAUACUUGACUGAACAGAUGGACAGAUGGAAAUUCUAUUAAAAUAAAGAACAUUUUAUACUAUGGAGUGUUUAUUUUAUCCUCAUGUACUAUGAAUGAAUUCAAAUGAGUUAUAUCCUAUGCUACAAACAAUCUUUACAGAGUCUCUGUAGGAGGCACACAGUAGAGCACUUUUAGAUAAUAGAAUACAACUUCAUUUUUAGGUGUUUGAUGUUGGUGGGUGCCAAAAGCCCAUAAAAUCUUACAGUGCAUUAAGAACUAGUGCCAUAUCAUGGCCUAUAAAUUUCUAGUUUUCACAGACAUGGUAUAUGUAAUUGUGCACUGCUAAUUAAAAGGCAUGCCACAGCAAGAUCAUGUUUAAAAUGGGAUACCCGAUUAAACCAUGGUAUUCAAUUUCUGUCAUCCCAGCUCACUCUCUUCAAGCAGACUUUUGCCUUUUUGAACUUCAUGCUAAGGUUUACUGUUAGCAUGACUAUGCGGCAAAGUUCCAAGUCAUACAAUGCACAGCUACACGAAGCGCACUGAAGAAGUUUACUUUGAUCAAAAGUCGCAAUUCUAAAUGUUAAGCCGGUCAUAUUUUUUUCUUUGCAUAAGCAGUCAUGAGCAAUUUUUGAUGAUUGAUAGUCAUCACAACAGAUGCCCAAAACAGAAAUUUAUAUGAGUGUCAGUUUGACAGAACAAUAAAAAACUCAAAACCUGAAAACAUCAAGUUUUGUCCCAUCUGAUCAAAAUGACAACCACUUCAAAGUCCACGAGCAUCUUUUGUUUGCUUGUGGAGGGGUUAGUAAAAAAAUACAGUGGUUUAAAUUGAUAAUGACAUGAAAUAAAAAUUCCACUCAUGUGAUGCAUCUUCAAAAAUUUAAAGAGGGUAUGUGCUUUAUUCAUUUAUGAUCAUAAUGAUAUCCAGGCAGAUGGAAAAAGUUCAGACAAAGUUGCUAAAGGUUACUGAGUAGAGUGAUACUUUCUGAAGAACUGAGAGUGGUAACAAACUGAACUCUAACUUUCAUGGUUAAAAAAUACAGAUUACGCUUUGCCUUUGUAAUGCUGAUGAGGAUAAAGAAGACUAAGGUUAAAAUGAGGCUUUGGCAACACAACCAUCAGCCCUGCUUGUUCCCUGUAGUGGCAGUGCUUUCCUUUUAUGACAUCUAUGCAUGUCACUGCAGCAGUUCCAGGGCAGUCGGGAUUAAAAUACUUAAUAAGAAAGCAUCUCAAUAACUUCUCCUUCCAUUACCACUUCUGUAAGGAGGGAUUACGCUUGAAAAAAAAAUGCAGCAUUUCCUGAAGGCGCAUAUUUAAGAUGAUAAUUCUUGUUGAUAAUCAUUGCCAUUCGCACAGCAGUGCAUAUCAUUAAUGGGAACGUUACAGUGCUUUAAAAGCUUGUUAUGAGAUAAAAAAUGAACAUAUAUUUUUAUGCUGCAUCUGUGCAACAGAUAAUAAGCAUUUGACUUGCUUCACGAAACUCAGCAAUACCUGUUCCUUAUAAGGCAGCAAUACUCAUAAAAGCAGAAAGGAAUUUCAAGGACGCACAAAGCAUCCCAAGAUACAAUGGCUUUGUUGAAUUCCUCUUGAUCUCAGCAGAACCCCC